UGUUUCUCUUAAUUCUUCUUCUAGAUUCACUGUUUGAAAAAUAUCUGUUUCAAAAAUAUCAAAAUAACAUAUCAUGGAAUUUCCAUGCUAUGUGCUUUGAUUUCUUGCUUCUAGAAUUUGGUUUCAAAAUGCCGUCUGCAAAUCUGGUAACAGGUUAAUUUUUCUGCGAUUAGAAAACAAAACAAACAAUUUUCCUUAUUAUUUUUAGUUCCUUGUUGUAAUUGUUUUUCUACAAUGUAAUAGCCUAAAGGGAUAAAAGCAGGAAAGUUAGGCAAUAUUGUGAAAUCACCGGAUCAAAAAUUUAUAUAUAUAUUUUUAGAGCUUCUUCUUUUUAAUAUGUCAGAUUUAGAAAAGAAUUUCACUCUUCAGGAAAAAGAUGUUUACGAUUUUGCAUAUGAUAUUGCACAAGAAUUUGAGAAAAUAAUAAAUACAUUGGACACUGAGCAGAUUGUACCACUGAUUAAUAAAGUUAUAAAAGUACUUGAAUUAUUGGAACAGAGUGUAAAGAAAAUCGAAUAUUUAGAGAAGGAAAAUUCGGAUUUAAAAUGUAAAUAUAUUCAUUUGAAAAAUGAAAAGACAUCUAAUGAAGGCGAAACACGCAAUUUAAAACUCGCCUUUGAAGAGCUUGAAGAAUCAUAUUCCCAAGAAUGUACUGUAUUGAGAACUUUCAUUGAUAAGCUAAAAACAGAAAAUAAAUUAUUGCAAAAUACUUUAGCUGAGAAGAAUGAUAUAUCAUCUGAAAUAGGUGAUACUUAUAAAGUUGUUAUUGAUGACCAAGAAAAACUUAUUGCAAAAUUGAAGACUAGUUUAAGACAAAGAGAAACUCAGUUAGAGAAAAACUAUCUGAAUGCUGAAGCUUUGAAUGCCAAAAUUGAUCAUUUGAUAGAAUUAAAUAAAUCUCUCCACAUUCAGUAUCAGCAAGCCAAAAAUCAAGCAGCUAUAUCAAAUUUUGAAAAAAAUGAGUAUGAAGCUAAACUUUAUCAUAAGAAACAAGAAGUACUGUCUUUGGAAGAUAAGCUUCAUAGAUUGAAAAUGUCUUUACUUGAGAAAAGUGAAAGCUUAAAAGAGAGUGAAUGUAAAUCUGAUGGUGAAAAAUUCUACUUAAAUGAGGAAAGCUUAAAUUUUUUGCUGCAAGAGCAACACGAACUGAAACAGAAAGUUGCAAAAUUGCAAAUGGAACUAGCAUCAGUUAAAAACCAGAAUGAAGAAUACAGAAAGAGGCUUAACAAUAUAUCUCAUAACCAAAAUCCAAAAAUUGACAGUGGAAGAGGGCGUAUUCAACAGAUUUUUCAUCUUUUUCUUGGAGUUAUUAACAUCAACUCUGGAAUGUGCUGGUUUAGAGGAAUCUGAUGAUGAUGCAGUUAAUUUUGAAUUUUCUGUUAAUAUAGCUCCUAUUUAUCCUCUCUAAUUACAUAAAUUAUUUUUCUGUUUGACUUUUUAAUUAGAUUUUAUUUUAAUUAAAAUUGAAUUUCUAUUCUUGUAUUAAACAUUAUAAUCAAAAUAACAUUUUUAUUUUAUUUAUUUAUAUGGAUUUUAAAAAGAUUUAAAUU